CUAGCCGCUACGCGGUCACCGGUGGCUGCAAAGCUGCCUUUCACUUCUCGAUUAGGACCCCUUGAGAACUCCUCUGGCUCGCCUUUCAUCCUUUCAUCCUGCUUUCCCAUACAUUGGUACUCUAUCCGUGCUGCUUACUCGUCGAGUUGAGGAGAUCAGCAAUCCGCGGGUCAUUACUUUGUGGCGCGACGUCAGAGAAGUGUGUAGGCUUAUAGUCGAGCUAUGGCAGCCGUUCCGCGUGUACGAGUGAAACCGAAGAUUAAACCGGCAAAGAAGCAUGGCCCCGAAUUCUCAAUAGACGAGACAUGGGCAAAGUUGUCCAAGAACAUUGUCGAAAUUCAGAACCACAAUGCGGCCAAUCUAUCGUACGAAGAGAAUCAUCGCUUCGCAUACAACAUGGUUUUGUACAAGCACGGGGAGACGCUGUACCAGGGGACGAAGAAGCUCAUAGCUGAGAAUCUGGACAAGCUUGCGAACGAGUACAUUGUCCCCGCAUUCCCCACACAUGUCGAUGCCGACCCCUUGGAGAAGGCUCAGGCUGGAGAGCUGCUCUUAAAGGCCGUGAGGAAGGUGUGGGACGACCACACGUCCAGUCUCUCAAAGUUACGAGACGUCCUGAAGUACAUGGACCGAGUAUACACGAAAUCGAAACAAGUACCAGAGAUUUGGGACGCCGGGCUACUUUCGUUCAUUGAGCACAUCGUGCGCGCACCAAUACAGGGGCACAUCAUCUCGGCCGUUUUGAACCAGGUACAGACGGAACGCGAUGGGUAUGUGAUCAACCGCUCCGCCGUGAAAGGCUGCGUGGACGUGCUUCUGCAGUUGUUUGACGAGCGGGCGGACGUUUCGGUGUACAAACGAGACUUGGAACCCGUCCUCUUGAGAGAAAGCGAGGCCUUCUACCAGAAGGAAGGGAGCCAUCUACUGGAGACUUGUGAUGCCGCUGAAUACCUACGACGGGUUGAGAGUCGAUUGGAUCAAGAAGAAUCACGGGCACAUCACUUCCUGUCAUCACAGACUAGCCUCCCGUUACGCCGAAUACUGGAAGAGAAGCUCAUUAGCCCACACCUCUCCACCAUCAUCUCCAUGCCCAACUCCGGGCUGGACGUCAUGAUCGAUCUGGACAAGAUCGACGACCUCGCGCGGCUCUACCGUCUUUUCGUCAUGGUGCCUGCGGGCAUCCCCACCCUCCGAAAGGCUCUCAGGGAGACGAUCAUUCGACGGGGAAGGGAUAUCAACUCGGCCAGUCUUUCGCUAGAGGGGGAGGAAGCGCAGGAGGAUGAGGAUGUGGAGAAGAGUAGCAAGGCGAAGGGCAAGGGCAAGGCGCGGGCCGGGAAUGCAGGCUCGCAAGUGCUUUCACUCGCGCUGAAGUGGGUGCAAGACGUCUUGGACAUGAAGGACAAGUUCGACAAGACAUGGUCGGGCGCCUUCCAGAGUGACCGCGACGUCGAGAGUAGUACGAAUGAGGCUUUCGAGGCGUUCAUCAAUAUGCAUGAGAAGGCGCCCGAGUUCAUCUCCUUGUUCAUCGACGAUAAUCUCAAGAAGGGUCUCAAAGGGAAAACGGAUGCCGAAGUAGACACCGUCCUUGACAAGACGAUCACGAUCUUUCGUUUCCUCGCGGAUAAGGACGUCUUUGAGCGGUACUACAAGGGCCAUCUCGCCAAGCGGCUUCGCCUCGGGCGAUCUGUGUCAGACGACGCAGAGCGGAACAUGUUGGCGAAGCUCAAGGUGGAGUGCGGGUACCAGUUCACACAGAAACUCGAGGGCAUGUUCCAUGACAUGAAGAUAUCCGCCGAAACGAUGCAGGCGUACCGCAAUCACCUUGAAACUACUUCGGCACCGGACGUCGAGAUCUCCGUCAUCGUCAUGACGUCGACCUUUUGGCCAAUGUCGCAUUCCGGUUCACCAUGCAACUUCCCAGCCGAGCUCCUGAAGACCGCCAAGUCGUUCGAGCAGUUCUACCUGUCACGGCACUCCGGUCGGCGGCUAACUUGGCAGCCAUCACUGGGUAAUGCAGAUAUUCGGGCGCGGUUCAACUCGCGGACACACGAUUUGAACGUGUCCACGUAUGCGCUUGUCAUCCUGCUACUUUUCGAGGACCUCGCGGAUGGUACAUCACUGAGCUAUCAGGAUAUCAAGUCGGCAACGGCAAUACCGGAUACAGACCUCCAGCGCAACCUGCAGUCGCUCGCAUGCGCAAAGUACAAGAUCCUCAAGAAGCACCCGUACGGGAGGGAUGUGAACCCGGAGGACUCGUUCACGUUCAACGCCGACUUCUCUGCGCCGCUGCAGAAGAUCAAGAUCAGUACCGUUGCUGCGCGGGUGGAGAGCACGGAUGAGCGGAAGGAGACGAAGGAUAGGGUGGAGGAGGAGCGGCGGCACCAGACAGAGGCGUGCAUUGUGCGAAUCAUGAAGAACCGUAAGCAUAUGACGCAUAACGACCUCGUCAGCGAAGUCGCACGGCAGCUCUCCAGUCGAUUCCAACCAAAUCCUUUGAACAUCAAGAAGCGGAUUGAAGGUCUGAUCGAGCGAGAAUAUCUGGAGCGCUGCGAAGACCGCAAGUCAUAUAACUAUCUGGCAUAAAUUGUACGCCCGUAGACGUAUGUAUACUGUACCUCAAUACCUCACUGUAUCACCACUGUCAUUCCAGCAAUCAUCUGUGCUUUCCAUCCACGGACCUUCUUUCGGUGUGCACGGAGGACAU